ACCUCUUACUCCUCUAUGGCUGUCUGUAAGCCAACUUGCAUUUGUGAAAAUGGAUGCAACGACCAAACGGGGGCGAAUCUAGUCAAUCAGGAAUGACCAGAACAUAUUAUCUCAAGGGAAAUCCUUGCAGUCAGUGAUGCAAGUGGCCACUGGCCGCCUUUCUGUAAGAAUAAGGCGACCGUUUGAGCAAGUUCGUUCUGCGAAUUCACAGUUAGCUCCUUAUGCUUCGACCAGAUGUAGAUUUUCGGACGAAUCUGGCGACACCCCACAAUUCCGGACUUGAUAAAUUCCAGUAGUUUCUAUCAAAUAUUGAUUAGCAGAUUCUUUCCAUUGGAGAAGCAUCUGGGCUAACUUCCUCUAGAAUCGCUUUCAGUCGACACUCGCUUAUGGGUAUCAAGGCCCUUACCGAAUUGCACGGCAGGCAGGAAUUUCUCCGUUUUAAGGAGUUGCGGUACCCUUAUAAUAGCCACUGCUGUUCCGGGUCACCACGUUCAAAUCUUCAAGUCCGUUCGGGCUCUAGGAAGCAGAAGAACGGUUCACAGAAGCAUCAUGGCAGUCAGUUUGGAGAUGAUCCCGCGCUGAGCAUGAAGAACGGAAGAAGCGAUGGCACAGAGAAGAAAAGCGGGGCGAAUUCGCCGUUUUCUGUCCUCAAGGGCGUGACACCUGUCAACAAGGAGUCCGUAGCUCAAGUGAAUUCUCGUGCUACUAGCCGUCAAACGGCAGGCACUGCUACCAGUGGUAUGGAGGACGCCACUGUGGAGGAAUAUCUGACCAAGUAUUACGGGAGUGAUGAGGACGAAGAUGUAGUUCGAGCUGGUCCACGAACAGAGAAGUUCUGGAAGGCGUUUAUAGAGGAACGCAAGGAUGGGGAUGAGAAGGCUCCAACGAGGUUUAGGAGGAAAAAACAGCCCAAGUCGGAGAGUGGAGCAGCAGGGAUCGGAGGGGAGAAAGGCACAGCUGAGAACCCUGUGGAUUUCUACGACAUUCGAGGAGAGUACUCGGAUUAUGAGAACAUCUCCACUGACGCCUUGCCUCUGGUGCUGGUCGAUGGGUACAACGUAGUUGGCAGCUGGCCCAAGCUGAAGAAGCCGUUUCUGCGGGGGGACACACAGGAGGCGAGAGAGAGGCUGCUGCUGGAAGUACUGCCGUACCCCAGAUACGCUGUUGAUAAAGUGCCACUCUUCCACUCCGCCGGUUAUCCCCCUCUCCCCCCUCCACUCGUAGAUGUGCGGGUGCUGGUAGUUUUCGACGGGUUCAAUCCCAACAGCCCUGUUAAUGACCGCGUCUCGUCGUAUGGAGUGGACGUCGCAUUCUCCAAUGGCAUCUCAGCAGACGAAUGGAUCGAGAGGGAGGUAUCCAAUCUCGUGCAGCACCGCACUGCACCAUACAUCACCGUGGUCACUUCAGACGUUCCGCUGAAACUAGCUGUUCUCUCUAGGGGUGGAUACGUCAAGAGCUCAAACAAUUUCAUACAGGAGCUGAAGGAUGCUCGGAGAGAUCCAAACGAAGCGCUGCAGAGCACAGACACCUACAAGCGCAGUCUGUUGGAGCAUCAGCUGCCUCAGGAGACUCUUCAGGGGCUUUUGGCCAUGCGACGAUCGGCAGCAGAAGCUGACCCCUACUACCUCGAGUAUAUUGUGAAGUAUGACGGCACCUCAUCACACACCGCUCCCUCCUCUCCUUCCUCCUCCCCCUCCUCCUCUCCCGUCAACAGCCCCCGUUCUUCCUCCUCACAAGCCUCCAGUCACAGCAGUUCACCCAACGCUUCCACACAUGCAACCACACACAAGCCUGCCACUGCAGGCAAGCGCAACCACAGCAAUCACAGCAGUCACAGCACAGCACCAGAGGCGUCCCUGCAUCCCCUGAGUCUCCGAUCGCAGCUGCAGGCCCAGCUGGCCACACAAGGGGCAGAAGAAGCUGGCAGUUCUCCUCCGCUUUCAGCAGCUUCUGGAAAACCAGUGGAUAAUAGUAGAGACAGCAACCGUAAUGGUAGUAUUGAUUUUUUUUCCGAUGGUCGGAGCAGUGGAACCAGCAGCAGCAGCAGCCAAGGGGGAGAAGGUGCUGCAAAUGGCAGCGGAAAUGAAGGAAACGGUGCCAGCCAUAAGCUCGUCCAGAGUGCACGAGACCAGCAGCUGCUGCACCAUCACAGGAAAAAGCAGCCGAAGCAGAAUAAACACAAGCGAAAUCAGAUUCCACUCCAAGAAUUGACAGGUUCAGACAAAGAUCAGCGGGAAGAUCACUACAACAAUCAAGGGUUGCAGGAGAUGCAGAAGCAGAAGCGGCAACAGGGGCACAUAAAGCAAGGGAACGAUGGACCAGACUCUCAGGGGUUUUCUGGCACCCUUGGUAGCAGUGAAACCAGCCGUGCUCUCGUUGCUCUGAAGAAGCAGUUACAAGAGCAACAACGGCAGGAUAGGCAACAAGGUCGAAGAAGAUAGCUCCUUGUACCGCAGACAUAUGGCACAGUGAAGUGACGACUUGCAUUCACAUUUGCCUUCAUGUGGCUUUGUAAAAAUUGAGCAGCCUAGGUUCACCAGGCCACUCAAUUCCAUUCAACGUAUUGCUUGGUCAGAUGUGCCGAGCCAUAAAACUACUACCGGUACCUAGGUUUCUUGUGGAUACUUUCGCUUUGGCUCUCUAGCACAUGUCCGAUCGCAGUAGGUAUAAUAACGUAAACUAUAUUGA